GCGCGCGCGCGCCUCAGCGGCAGCCCGGUCCUGCCUCCCGACUCCCCCACCUGAGCUCGCUCCUACGUGCGGCUCAGCGGGCGCCUUCUGACUCAUCGGGGCUCCGGGUCACAUGCAUCUUGCAGGCCCUAUCGGGUCCGCUCUCCGCCGGCCGCCCGCCCGCCCGCCCGCCCGGGAUCUGCAGCGGCCCACGCCCCGCUCCUGGCGACCGUUCCCUCCGCGCUGCCACCCGCUCUGCCGCAGGAAGUAGAUCCUAGCCAUCAUGUCAAUUGAGCGCAUCCACGCCCGGGAGAUCCUGGAUUCCCGUGGUAACCCUACAGUGGAGGUGGAUCUCCACAUAGCCAAAGGUCUUUUCCGGGCAGCAGUGCCUAGUGGGGCAUCCACUGGCAUUCAUGAGGCACUAGAGCUGAGGGAUGGGGACAAACUUCGUUACUUGGGCAAAGGUGUACAGAAAGCUGUGGAUCACAUCAAUAAUACCAUCGCUCCUGCAUUGAUCAGUUCUGGCAUUUCUGUGGUGGAGCAGGAGAAGCUUGACAACCUGAUGUUAGAGUUGGAUGGGACUGAGAACAAAUCCAAAUUUGGGGCCAAUGCCAUUCUGGGUGUGUCUUUGGCCAUAUGCAAAGCUGGGGCAGCCGAACGAGAAUUGCCUCUCUAUCGCCACAUUGCCCAACUGGCUGGGAACUCGGAUCUCAUCCUACCUGUACCUGCUUUCAAUGUGAUCAAUGGUGGCUCCCAUGCAGGAAAUAAGCUAGCCAUGCAGGAGUUCAUGAUCCUUCCUGUGGGGGCUGAGAGCUUCCGGGAUGCCAUGAGGCUUGGGGCUGAGGUUUACCAUACACUCAAGGGUGUCAUCAAGGACAAGUAUGGCAAGGAUGCUACCAACGUGGGGGAUGAAGGUGGCUUUGCUCCCAAUAUCCUGGAGAACAGUGAGGCCCUGGAGUUGGUGAAGGAAGCCAUCGACAAGGCCGGCUACACAGAAAAAAUCGUUAUUGGCAUGGAUGUGGCUGCCUCUGAAUUUUACCGUGAUGGCAAAUAUGACCUAGACUUCAAGUCCCCUCCUGACCCUUCUCGAUACAUCUCUGGGGACCAGCUGGGUGCCCUCUACCGGGGCUUCGUCAGAGACUACCCAGUUGUCUCCAUUGAGGAUCCAUUUGAUCAGGAUGACUGGGCUGCUUGGUCCAAGUUUACAGCUAACAUGGGCAUCCAAAUUGUGGGUGAUGACCUGACCGUGACAAACCCAAAGCUAAUUGAACGAGCAGUGGAAGAGAAAGCCUGCAACUGCCUGUUGCUCAAGGUCAAUCAGAUCGGCUCUGUCACAGAGGCUAUCCAAGCGUGUAAGCUGGCCCAGGAGAAUGGCUGGGGUGUCAUGGUGAGCCAUCGCUCUGGAGAGACAGAAGACACCUUCAUCGCUGAUCUGGUAGUGGGGCUAUGCACAGGCCAGAUCAAGACAGGUGCCCCAUGUCGUUCUGAGCGUCUGGCCAAGUACAACCAACUCAUGAGGAUCGAGGAAGAGCUGGGAGAUGAAGCUCGAUUUGCUGGGCACAAUUUCCGUAACCCCAGCGUGCUGUGACCACUCUCUCUCCUGUGCCUCCCUCCUCCUCCAACUCUGUGAACUGUGACCGUUCCCACUUCCCCAAGCUGUGCCCCGGACCCUCAAGCCCCUUGGAAUGUGUCCUGAUUCUCCCUGUCUUCCUGCCUUCCUUCUCCAUCUUCUCCAAUUCCUUUCCCCUUCGCUUGGCCUUCUCUUUCAACUCCCUGAAUAGACAUUUUCCUGGGGUCAUACUACUCUUAGCCCCCUGCCCCUUUCUCCUCUUACUUGCUCUCAGAGUUGGAGGGAGGGAAUAUAAAUUGCAGAAGAGGGUUAGCCUCUAUAAGGGGCUUAGUGUGGGCACCGGGCUCCGAGAUGGGAUCAGGGACAUUAUGUGAAAUGAUUGGAGAGGGGCUGGGUUAGCAAUUACACAUGCUCUCUGCUUGUGUGGGUAUGUUUUGGUUCUGUGCUAGCCAUUUUGCGUAUGUUCCAUGAACUGAAGUGUUAUGUGUGCAUUCUAUGUGUUGUGAUUGUUGGAUGUGUGUCGUGGGUGUCUGGCAUGUUACUUAUGUUGGCAUAUGGGGCCGGACCUAAUUUGAAGUUAUUUAUGUAAUAUUUAUUUUGUUUACAUAUUAUUUCCUUGGAACUCUAGGGACUGAGCAUGUCUUUUUUUUUUUUUUCCAUGUUUCAUUCAGCUUUGUGCCAUAGUGAUCAUGGGUAAGGAGGUAUGGCAGGAAUGGGAAGAGUAAAAGGAAAUAUCCUCUGCUUUACCUCCUUGUGUGGGGACCCCUCCCUCAGCUGAAGAUCCCUCCCGAGCCCUCAAUCCUCAGCUUCUUCCCUAGACAACCCCAUCUUUUCCCCAGCUGUAGCCGAGCCUUGCCUCUCCUUCCCCUCAUUGCCACCACCUACCUAAGUCACCACCAUCUCCAUGCUCCCCACAAUUACCACUGUCAUUAAAGUCUGAAUCACAGCC